CAAGAAGUUGAUGCAGACUCUUUCAUACUUCAUUUAUAACAGUUCUACUAGUAAAGACAGACUUUUUCUUACCACGGAUUUACUUAAACAUGUGGACUCUCUUUCGGAAACAUACGUAAGACAAAAAUAUCUAACGUAUAUACUCUGUGGAUAUUUUGUAAAGAGUGAUUUUUGGACUAUGCACUGUCGUGUCAUCCUCUCCUGCGUUACCCUGCUGCUCUCUGGAGUAUUAUUAUCGACCAAAGCUGAUGGGUCUGAUGAAGAAAUUAAACCCCCAGACUGGAGAAAGACCAUAAACUCCAUCCGGAGCGGGAUUCACCGGAUCGACAAGUACCUCAACAUGGCUCUGGACCUGAUCGGAGGCUCAGACGGCCAGUGUCAGUUCACGUGCGGCGACGGUUCGUCAGACAUCAGGUACACACCGGUUCCUCGUCCUAACUACAGACCACCUCCACCAAACGGAUGUGGUUCACCGCUGUUUGGGUUUCAGUUUGAUGUUGGGAUCCCGUCUAUGACCAGAUGCUGUAAUGAGCACGACCGCUGCUACGACUCCUGCGGCAGAGAGAAAAGCGACUGUGAUGAGCAGUUCCAGCUCUGUCUGGAGAACAUCUGUCAGAACUUACAAAUGACACUGGGCUUGUCCCAAAGCGUUCAAGCCUGUGAAUCAGCAGUGACUGUGCUCUUCGAUACCGUCAUGCACUUGGGAUGUAAGCCGUACCUGGACAGCCAAAGAUCAGCCUGCAUUUGCCACUACGAGGAGAAGCCUGAUCUGUAAAUGGUUGAAGAGUUGAUUCAAAAAUGAAAAACACCUCACUGUUCACUCUUCCUCAUGCGGUUUAAAUCUUUACAGUUUCUUUUGUUGACGGCAAAAGAAGAUAUUUUGAAAAAUGAGUGUUGAUUGUACCCAUCAACUUCCAUAGUUUGGUAUGGUAUGGAGUUUUCUGUGGUAGUCAGCAAGUACCAAGAUUUUUCAAAAUAACUUUGUGUUCAACAGAAGAAAGAAUAGGUUUUGAACAAGUGAAUGGUGAGUAAAUGAUGACAGAAUUGCUUUUUUAAGAGGUGAUGGUUUGUUAUUAUCUCAGGGUACAGCACAGCUCACUGCUUUUGUUAGUUUUUCUUAAUUAUUAUAAUGUGAAUCAAUACAUUUUAAUAUUUACAAAAGAGGUGCAAUUAUUUUUGUAAUUUAUAUACAAACAAAAAGUAAUAUAUAAAUUGACAUGUAUAUACUGUACAGUAUAUUAUUAUGUAUACAGUGCAUGUCUGUAUUUAAAUUUAUACAACAGUUCUGUCUGGAUCUCAAAUCUGAUUGGCUGAUAGCCGUGAUAUAUUUAAGUAAUAUCAGCAUCCGUACAGCCUCUUUACCCUUUGUGUAUUACUCCGCCCACAUACAGCCAGCAACAAGCAGACACUGCAGUUUGACAAAUAUUACUGCCGUUAGACGACAAAAUAUACUUUUGAGGGUUUUUUAGUCGAGAAUUUAGUUGUUUAGAUUGCAACUAUGCAGUUUAUUUGCAAGAAUAGUGCCAAUUUAAAAAAAAAAAAAAA